GCCCUUAAUCAACAUGGCUCUCCCUCAGCGUGCUGACGUCAUCACGUCAGCGCCGUGUAAUACGUGCGACCUCCUGGGCGGAAGUGGCGUUGUGAGUGGAUAUCGGCGUGGUGUUAGCUGGUAAAGCUUGGCGCCCGGGCCUUGUUUGAAAUCAUGGCAGGCCAAAGGAUGACCCGUGAAACCUUUGAUGCACUAGUACAAGAGAAAAUGAAAAGAUAUCGGCUAAGCAUGGACCAAGCCAUGUCAGAUACCUUACGGGAGUUGGAAGGUUCAUCUUCAACAAGAAGAUCAAUAAAUGACAAUGAAUCUGUUUACAGAGAUAAACAAAGGUAUUCAAUGCGUGAUAGCGGUUCUCUAGACAGAAGCUGGGAUAUGGAAAUGAGAGGCCAGCCUUACCGUCGUGAAUUAGACAGAGAACCUGGUGGAAGAAACUUGGAUACUCUUUUGGACAGAUGGGGUUCUGCUGACCCCAUGGUAAAGGAGAGGAUGUUCCGAGAGGAACUGAAUGCUGCAGAUCGCCGAUUCAGUGAACUUGAAGACUUAAGACGUGAAGAAUUGUUUGCUAGAGACUUGAACCUUAAUCGUAGAAACUGGGAACUUGAUCGGCCUCAUCAUGAAGCAGAUCUUGCAGUGGGCCGCUCAGAAAUGUUCCGGGAUUUCCAUCCUCAGAACUCAUUGGGUCCAGUGAAUAUUUUCAAGUCUCAAGGACCUAUGGGACAAGUGCCCAUAAAGCGGAGAGGUAAUAAAGCAGGUGUAGCCGUUACUAAGGCUUCACCUGCUUCAGGAAAUAAGCCCAGUGAUUUAGCCAUUAAAUUAGGAACACGCCUUAUAAAAUGGGCCAAAUUCAAUUCUAGGGAUGAUUUGGAUCUUCUGAGACAACAGAAGGCUCUGCUCGAAGUAAGCACCGAUACUGACACACUUGACAUGAUAUGGGAUUCUUUCAAAAUAUUAAUGACACCUCAGCACAGAACACAGUGCUUUUCAAAUGUAAGAGCUUCCUUUCCCAUUCCACUGAAGAGCCCCAAGAUUGACAACGAUCUGUUGGAUUUGUUGAUCAGAACAAAAACUGUCACCAUCAAGGAUGAUUUUUUUAAACUGAUCAAACCAUUUGACAAGGAGAUGAUGAUUGUCCAGCAGUAUUUGCUAGAAUGUGCAAUACCUUUGGUGCGUUCCUCUAACAUGUUCGAGCUAAUGAAUUCUUUCCUUACAGACCCUAGAGAGCUAUUUGAUGCCCUGAGGGGUACGGUGUCAUUGUGCCAGAAAUCUUUGGUUCUAAUAGGUCAAACAUUUGCAUUGAUUUCCAAUUCUAGACAGAAUAAUAUUCUUGAUGUACUGGGUCUCCCUCGCUUAAAUCUGAAGCCUUCAGAGUCUCCAAAUUACAAAAACCAUUUUCUGUUUGGAAAUGAGUUCAUCUCACACUUGAGAGAAUGGCUUAAAGUCAAAGGCAAUAAAUUUACCUUAAAAUCCAAACUCAAAGUACCUGAAAAUAUUUAUGUUGCAAAGAAAAAAGAAGUAAAGCCUGCUCCGGCUCCUGAGAGUCAAGAGAAAAAAGUCAUUGAUCCAAAAGUUGUUGCCGCUAUUGAUCAGCUUCUAGAAAAUGCAAAAAAAGAAAACAAGGCUGAUAAAGAAAAAUCUGAAUUUUGGUUCUUGUUUGAUGAAAAUAGCAAUGAGUAUACAUAUUAUCGUCAAAAAUUUGCAGAAUUUCAGAAUUCCAAAGGUCAUAUUCAGGUACAAAGCACACAGACAAAAAAAUGUAAACGCACUCCAGAAGAGUUGGCCUGUGAGUCGGUGAGGGCAAUGCUAUAUGCAAGGAAGGUACAAGCCUUGAAGAAAAGGCUCCGCAGGACCUUGGCCUUCUCAAAAAAAAGGAAGCAGACCAAACUUAAGAGCCGCAGGACAAAGGCGUCUCCUUCUGUUAAGGUGGAAGAGAUAAUCAAAACUGAAGAACAAGAGCUAGAAGUUAAACAAACAAAAGAAAUCAUAGCAGACAAUUCUGCUUGUGAAGUAGAUGUCGAGACUCCGAAAACUCCAGAUGAAUGCUCUAAGACUGAUACUACAAUUGAUGAGAAAGAGAAAGUUCCAGAGAUAAAAGCAAUAGACCCAAUGGCUGUAGAUGUUGAUGAAAAGACCCAGGAUACUGCUAUAAAGUUGGCUCAGUUUGUUGCUCAGAUGGGACCAGAAAUAGAGCAAUUCAGCAUGGAGAACAGUGUCAAUAACCCAGAGUUUUGGUUUUUAUGUGACAAAGAAAGCCCUGCAUACAAAUUCUAUAAGAGUAAAGUCGAGGAGUUUAAGGCAGCUGAAGAAGAGGCAACUUCUGAUGAGGAAAUUGGGCUAGAGGACUCUGAUUUAGAAAACAUAAGGACCGGCGAUGAAUUACAAAAUGACUCUGAUGUGGAAGUUGAUGCAGAAUGUGAAGCUGCGGAAGCUCCAAGCAUCGAGGCAACUCCUGUAGCUGCAUUUAGCCAAAUGCCUACUCCAGCUAGGCCACCGAUAGCUCGAAAGAGAGUAGCUAAUCUCAAGGUUGGCAUGCUCCCACCCAAAAGAGUGUGUCUUGUGAAGGAGCACACUGUUCAUGAUCCAGUACGUAUUGAUUAUGAACGCCCACGGGGACGUGGUUACAACAAAAGAAAGAAACCAGUGGAUUUAGAGUUUGCCAAUAAAAAGCUUACCCAACAGAAUGUGGGCUUCCAGAUGUUGAGUAAGAUGGGCUGGCAAGAAGGUGAAGGACUUGGCUCCCAAGGAUCAGGAAUCAAAAAUCCCAUUAACGUGGGCACAAUCUCUGGUGGAGAGGGCCUGGGUGCUGAGGAAAAGAAGGCUGGCAAUUCUGCAAACUUUGAUGCGUUUCGUCAAAGAAUGAUUCAAAUGUACAAUACAAAGAAAAAAGUUCCAAAUAAGAAGUAGGAUGGCUCAAGACUACUGAAAUCUAGGAAGUCACACUUUCCUGUAUAUUUAGGGUCUGAAGUAGGACCCUCAUAGUUUUCAGACUAGAAAGAGCAUCUUCUUGAUCUUCUUGAUCUUCCUACAAGUUGUUUUGUGUUGUUUUUUUUUUUUUUCCAAUGAAUGUGCAGGUAUAUACGUUUCGCCCACUGAAAGUUCUGCCAGUCUAAUGCAAGUUGUGAUUUUUAAUAAACCUUUUAAGAAACAAAAUGUUGUAUGUUAACUAUUAAUAAGGGUUUUGGAUGUUACUCAUUAGCUGUUAUAAUUUUAUUAAUGUUGUUUUUAAAGUGUGUUUUAAAGGGGUUUUCCUAAUAUAGGGGCACUUAUAGAAUAGUAUACAACAGAUGUCUGAGAGAUGGGGUCCCACCUAUGAGACCCACUACUUUCUAAAGAUCUAGGGCCCUCCAGCCGGUUUGUUAAAACAGCCAAAUGAGCUCCACAGUUUCCUUAACUUAGGAGUUACAAAACCAGCAUAGUACCCAGUUUUUUAUUUUAUUUUAUUUUUUUUUUUUUGGACUUCCUGACUACUUCUAGUUGCUGCAGCCUUGACCCACAUCUCUCAGACAUUUAUGUUCAAAUGGAAUACCCCUUCAUGGUUAAUUUAUGAUGUUUUCAGUCUGUCUUUAAAGGGAAUUUCUGGAAUUUCCCCCUAUAGAAGGUGCAUGUUAGUUAUACAUUUAUAAGUGUGAACAUGUUUGUUAAAGCGGUUUCCAGCUAUCAUUUUAAAACACAGCCUGUGUUAACUAUCCCGUUUAAAGUGUGGCGUGUGGCAUCCUAGCGCAUUUAAAAGAAUUCUUGCACAUCAUUUGUAUUCUUUUAUGCACUGGCUGCUUUAUAAGACACCCAUCUGGGUUAUGCAUUGGUCCUCCUUUGCCCUUCAGAACCCCAGCAAUAUGCUUAGCUAUCGAUUCCACUAGGCGUUAGUCAUUCUGAAGUAAUAUUGGCUCAGGGAGGCUUCUUGCAGUUGAUGCAAACUUGAUGAAGGUACUGAUAUUCUCUGAACAAGCCUGUUCUACCUUCUCCCAGAUAUAUUCUUUAUAGAAUAAUACUCUGUCAAGGCCAGGGAAGCAAGAAAAAUUUGGUAUGUUCCUGGAACCAAUCCAUAACUUUACAAGCCUUGUGACAAUUUGCAUGCUGUAAGUGUCCUUCUGCCAUAGGUUAAACAGCUUCCAUGUUGGUACAGUCUGGCUACAAUGCUUAGAUGAACCCUACUGUCCAGACAUCUAGUCACAGGUUUUAGGUGUCAAGAAAACAUACCCCAUCAGCCUACACUGUUGACACCUGACAGGAAGUGUUAAUCGACUUUUGCUGUUGCACCUCAUUCUGACCCUCCCAUCAGCACGGUGCAACAGAAAUUUGGAUUCUUCUUAACAGGCAAUGUUUUUUCACUGCUUAUGCAAUUCAUUUUUACUCACUGGCAUCGUACCUUUUUGUUCUGAAUUGAUCUGCUUAUAAAGCCCAUGACAAGCUUCUAGAACGCCUUAGUUUGAGUAUUUGUUGUAUUCUGCUGCAGUGCCCAACGCCUGUUUUUCAGAAUGGUUUGAAACCCUUCUUUGAUUCCUUUAUUCGCAAGGCUGUGGAGUCGGUAGAUACAUGUUCCGACUCCGCAGUUUUUUGUACUUCCGACUCAGUCUCCCCCAGUCCGACUCAUCUGUAUUAAUAGGUUAUCUUUGUGUGCUGAUCUGCUGCUGAAGAUAGGGCAGUGGGAGGAUCCAGGAAGGGGCAUUUAUUAUAAAACAUGAAUUCCCUAGUAGAAUCCCAUAUUCAUGUUUAAAGUUUAAGCUAACAAUCGGAGUUUACAAGUUUUUAUAGCCUUAGCUGAAUUGCAGCAGUUUUUCCAAUUGUUUACAGCUUCAGUCUUGAACUAUUGACCCUCCAUUCCCUUCACUUAUAAAAAUGUCUCUAGUGCUGCAAAAAACAUUUACUUAAUCCCUUAUCAGUGAGAGGCUAGGUUACCCAUGGGUUCCGUGUAUCAGCAGUAUUGCUGCUCCUAAUUGUGCGUUGCGUGCCAUAUAGUGAAGCACAUGAAAAGCUUCUUCACGGUCACUUAACGUGUUCGUUUUGCGGUUACGUGAGGCACUGCAUGCAUUGGUCUUUAUUCUUACAGUCGAAGUCAUUAAUUAUAACUUUUUGUGAAUUGGCACAUUUAAACUUACUUUUAUUUUAUUUUUUUAUUCCAAUCUAAAUUUAGUAGGAGUCGGUGCAUUGUUUGCCGGCUCAGAGUACCCAAAAUUUCGUCCAACUCCGACUCCUCGACUCAUACUCCACAGGACACCCUUUUGUUGGAUGUCUUUCAUUCUUCCCUUGAUUGCACCAUUUUCUAUAUACUUUUGACACUGUUAAGGACACCCUAAAACGUUGGCCUUUUUUGGAAUCCUUUCUUACUAGUCUAGCGCCACAGACUACAUUUUUCCUUUUUUUUUCCAUUCUUUUAUGGAAUCCACAUACAACUUGCUUGAUUUUACAUACGGCAUUCCAGGGUCAUACAUGUUAUUUAUAUACAGGGAAGCUACCAUUGUGAAAAGACAGGUGUCUCCUAAUAAAGCUCCUCAGCAGAUAUGCUGUUUUAUGACAGCUUGCACCUUUCACUUUACAUACAGAAUUCAGGCUGCUAUGAACUCCAGUUUCUGGAUUUUAUUCCACAGUUUGAAACUGGAACACUACCAGUUUUAAGAGAAAUUUGUGGUAGGUAUUGAUAUUAAUGUUUUAAAAGGGUUUAUAAAACCCCUGUGAGGGUGCAAUGAUGCUUGCUGCUGCCGCAAGCAAAUUGAUCCUUUUUGAGGAAAAAAAAAUUUAUGAAAAAAAAACCCUUGAGGUGCAUGGUGGGGAUCAUUUUCUAUUACAAAAUGGUUUUAUUUUUUUCUAGGUAUAGAAUGAGUGGGUGGGAGCGAUUGCAUGGAUUGAUGUAAGGCUUUCCUGCACCAAGAAAACAAGUGGCUUUUGCAGACAAUGCCUGAAGAUCUAAUGAUGGAUUUAAAUUGUAUACAUUUAGCGUAAAGUAGUCCCACAAGUUUGGUCUUAGUGUUUAUUCCCCCCCCUCUUCCCCGCACUUAUUUGUCAACACCCAUGCUCUGACAUGGAUGGACUGGUAAAUAGUUCCUGUGCCAUUACAUGUCAGAGUAGGUGUGGUCUGAAUAAGCGCUGAGUCAGGCAUUGAACGCCUGUAACUGUAUUUUUUUUUUUUCUGUGUCCGUCUGGGUUCCCUGCAACUGUUUAUGCACGGAAAAUAAAGAAGUCACUGCUUUACAGAUCUGUCUGAGUUCCUCCAUAUCAUCUGUGUACGGACUCAUACCAUUUGUUAUCCUCCUGGGGAUUUGGGCACUGCAGCGAUCAAAGUGGAUUCCACCUGUGCUGGAUGUUACUUCAAUGGUGGAUGGUAGUUGUAGUUUGACUGUGCUGACUGCUUCACCUACAAAUUGUGUUUUCAUGUGUUUUUUUUCUUUUUUUGUCACCAUUUAAGCUGUGAACUCCAUUGUCCUGUCUUGCAGUUUGAAGCAGCCUUAUAAGACUAGUAAAAAAAUAAGAAAGGCCAUCCCCUUGAGACCAAACCCCUAAAAAAAAAAAAAUAGAGAGAGAUCAACCUAAAGGAAACAAAGUUGGGAAAUUGGUGUGAAAGAAUAAUGGAAGUAUAGUAAUAAGGAGCAGGAACAGCAGGUGAAAAAAACUUAUGCUUUUUCACAAAAGUGCCUGGCAGUAACUUAUUUUCCACUGUUCAAUGAACAUGUUGAGCCCCCUUGUUUAUGGUGUAGUCAAUCUGUGUACAGAAUGAACAUCUAUUGUGUGCAUGCCAACCUCUGAUAUUAAACUUGUGAAUACAAGCCUGUGUUGGGGUAUAUCUAAUGGGUAUACUCGUGCCCCUAGUGGCUGCAGUGUCUUCACUACCCUCUAUCUUCUCCCUCUUACACACUUAAAGUGCUCCAGGUUUUUGUUUUGCCCAUGUCAUGCACUCGCCAUCACUAUUAGCACAACGCUAUUAGUUUCCAUUUAGUUCAGUUUCAUUACUCUAACUGGGGUAUUUGAUCACCAGUUUGAUUCACAGAAUAUCUCCCUGCUAAACGUGUCAGAGGAAGUGGUCUGUCCUGUCAGCUGACUUCCUGUAAACUGCAAGAUUACAUCACCUAUUCAAUUAUUCCUGCUAGCUUUCAGACCCAUCCCCAAUCUGUAUACUGCUGCUAUCUGUAUGGGGGUCAGGAUAGAUCAUAGAUAUACACCUCUAUUGAGUCUUUGUUCACACAUUACAUUUCUUUGUGUGCGUUUCCCUUUUCUGCUGUGAUUUUCUCAAAAUCGCUGCAAAGGUGCUAUUCUACAGAAAAUAUUCAAGUUGCUGUAAAAAUGUUUCCAAAGGAUUUUGGAAAAUUGCAGCUUCCACAUCUAAAAUGCAGUAAAAAAAAAAAAUCGGAGGAACCACAUCCUAAAGACUUCAAAUCUUCAUAAAAUACAUCAAUUGUGAUUAUGGGUAAAGUUUUUGCCUCAUGAUAUUUCACUUAAAAAAACAAAAAAAAAUAAAAAUAAAAAACACACUUUGGAUAAGAAAAUCCAUCAAAACUGCUUGCAAUGUGAUGUCAAGCUGAUGGCUUCGGAUUGCUGGAAUCCUGCCAUGUGAAUAGGUUGGUCUCAUUAGGUAAAUUGCUAUUUUUAUACUCCACCCUUUUCUGCAGAGGUGGUGCAUUCUCGUCUCGGAAUUCCUCGUCUGGUAUAGGUUGUGUACAUCUGCACUGCCUAUGUCUCCUUUUACCUGAUGCAGACUUGUUAUCCAUUCCAUGCAUAGAGGACUUGCAUAACUAUGCAUUAAGAGGCAUCAGCCUCCCUGCAUACCUAAAUCCAGCAGAGAAGUUGUUUUGACAGAGAGGGCUUAUUAGGCCAUCACUGCCCCAGUUCCUGAAAAUACUAUGCUGCCAGAAGCUGUAGGAGGAUGACUCUUGGGGUUGGUUCUUUUCCCUUGUGACAUAAGCAGGACACAACUUAACACACCAGCCAGGAUGGAAGUGACUAAGCCAAAAGAAGACCUGGAAGUCUCAAGCCCAGUCCAGGUCAUCCUCAACAACAUACCAACACCAAAUUGGUCACAGCUUUGUAAACCUCUGAAAUGGUACAAGGGCACCCUUGGCACAAAGAUUUACAAGCAGUGACCGGCUUAUCUAAGGUGCCAAGAUCCAAGUCCGUAGAACAAAUGAUUUUUUUUUUAAACUUUUUUUUUUUUUCUGGUCUCGAUGUUAAUAUGCCCCCAUUGGGCUCCAAUUAGAUUUGUGUUAUUGCUUAAAUAUGCUAUUCUGUCUGGUAGGGAAAAUAAAUGUUUUAACCCUCUGUGUGCUGCUGUAGGAAUAAUAUGUAAAGACCAGACUUACUAGAAGUCUUAUACCUUAUUUUUCCUGAUUGUACACAUUGGAAAGUUAAAUUGUUGGUCUGCCGGUCUCACAAAAAACCUGACACCUUGUUCAAUAUUAACUUAUUAGCUGUGAUUUUCUAACAAUGUUGGAGUUUUAUUAGUGUAAAAUGUUUGACUUUCAGAAUUUCACUCUAUUUACCACUGUUUUUUUACCAGCUUUUUCUUUGUGGAGAUUUCCAGACAUCUAUUCACAGAAUUUUCUGUGGAUGCAAUAGUAAAUAGGUUGGGUUGUAAGAACAUGCACCUUUUUGGGGUUGCUUCUUUUAAGGGCAUCAGCCACACUUCAUGUAGAAAUAUCAGGAUUUCAGGGUCUCAUGUUUGUUUAGUAUCAACUUGCAAAUCUAAUAAUCGUACUGAGCAGUCUGAGGCUGAAGUUAUGGACAGUGUUACAAUAUUAUGUUCCACACCCUUCUAAACUAGCGGCUGUGCUAGACAACUAAUUCCUUUUUGUCACACCCCCUGAAGGUAAUAAAGAUUCUGGUAAGAAUAUCCACCUAUUAUGUUUUGCGUGUCUGACCAAACAUGUUUGCUGGCGGAAUUAGCUCUCAUAUGACCAGUUUCUCCCAAUGCUGCGCUAAAUUCCAAACCUAUAUCAAAGAUUGUACCGAGCCACAGUAAUUCAACAGUUAUAUAAAGUACAAUGUUUAGAGUUCUACAAAGUACAAGAACAUUCCUACAAGAAACAUUGACUUAAACCCAUACAAUAUAUUGAACAAUUGCACAUUUUUGCUAUAUGGAUGAAAGUAUUCAGAGACAUGCACACACUACACUGACAAGAGUGUGUAAGACAUCGCAUUCUAAAUGCAUAGACAUUAAUAUGGAGCAAGCUGUAUAUAUACACUUUGACUCUUCAAACAAUGAGAAGGUUCUCACUAGGAAGUGAGGGAGCAGGAAGAAGCCAUUGUGAAACAUCGUUGCUUCAUGCCAGUGGGACGCACCUGGUGAUCUCUCUUCCCACAACUCCAUGAAUAAACAUUAUUGGAUAUUAUUGAAGUUCGUGCCACCAUUUUGUUUUUUUUUUCUACAUAUUUUUGGAUUGCUAAGACUAUUGCUUUUGUGGCAGAGCACCACCAGCAGCUCCAUGGAAAGUGGCUGCAGGAUGUCACCAGUGAUCAAUACUAUAGUAGUACCAGCUAUUUCUUUGUCUUACUAGGAAGUAGUUGACUCCUGCUCAUAUAGCCAAGGCUGUCCUAGAAUAUUCCCUCUUGUGUUCUUAAAUAUACUGUGUGCCAGAGAACAUGCCUAAAGUAUUUCUUUCAUUUGAAUAUUGAUGUCCUGCACAUAUCAGUGUGCUGUUAGUAUAUUAUCACUACUAUGGGUGUCUGACUAUCCUAUGUGAUGGCUCCUAGCAGUUGGGGCAGUGUGUCAUUUCACAUCAAAAGGCAGGAUUGAAACACACUUAGGAGGCCCCUGUACUCUAACCUGACCAUCGUUUUAUCACAAACAGAACUUUAUUUUGUAGCUAAAGACAAUACAUUUACAGUCUGUAGCAUUCUAGAUCGGGUCCUACUUCCCAGCAUUACCCCUUAUACCUAAUUUCUCUUUACUCUCUAGUAUUGUGAAAACUGAUUAUUUUUUUUUUUUCUCACAAUGUUUGUUUUCUCUGUAUUACUUUUGUAACCUGUACACUUUCUUGGUAAUGACCAUUGAUGUGGCAUGUAUAACUUAUGUGAUUUUAUAUCAGACAUGCUCUCCUUCCUGUGUUGAAGCUUAAUAAAAUUAGUUUA